AUGACGCGUCGCCGUCGCUACUGUCGCUGUCGUCUUGGCGCGGCUGCCGCGGCUGUUUUUAGCUGUCAACGCCACAGGCCAACGAUUGCGAAUCGACGCGAUCGAAAGCACGUGUAGCGGUCUACAUGGAAAAUCGCGUCACCGUGGUCGAUUUCUAAAUUCGGUUCUGCAAAAAUUCUGUGCAGUGCCUCUCCCGAUCAUCCGUGGGCAAAGAAAAAAAAUAAUUGUAAAUCAUCAAAGUCGACGUUAAAAGAGCCGAGAUGGCGAGCACGGCUGCAGCGAGAUUCAUCUCGGAGCCUAACGCAGGUCUGUACCGAAGCGCCUCGUUCAGCGUGCAGCGUCGUCAGCCACAACAAUCGCACCAUCAUCCUCAGCACCAUCGUCAUCAUAAUAAUAAUAGCAAUAACGGCGCGGCGAGCGUCGUCGUGGAUCGGGUUAACGAUCGUUGUCCGCAGCAGCGCCAGCGGCGAGCGGUCGCCGACAGUAACGGCUACAAGUAUGGCAGCGAAUGCGACUGCUGCCCGUAUGGCUACCACAUCGACGUGGACUUCGUGCGUUUCUGCGAGGAUUGGCAGAACGCGGCUUGCGACAGGCUGGCCGAGGAGAAGCGCCGCAGACGAGCCAAGCAGAAGCAGCGCCAGUCGAUGGAAUUUAUGCUUGGCCUACCGGACGAGGCCGAUGCAUCGAGUACGGAUGCCGAUACGUCUCCUCCGCCAUCGAGCGAGAUGAGGGCAGUGGCUACGAGUACACCGGUAGAGCGUCCGAGUCAGGCAGCAGCAGCGGCAGCAGCACUUCCGAAGACACGCCAGGCCCCCGAGAGCACGACGGCUCAGUCGCACAAGGACUGGGAGGACACGCUGAGCAAUUUCGAGCAAACGCUCUCGCAGUCGUUCAGCGGCCCGAGCCGUAGCUCCAGCAUGACGUCGAUCGCCAGCCGAUGUCACAGCUCGCUCGAGCCGUCAAUCAUGGCGACAGAUUAUCAGCAGCAGCAGCCGUACUACCAAACGAAUCGCAGCGGUACCUGUUCGCCUCGUCCGGCGGUGCCGGCUCGACCGCCGCCACCCUCGAGCCUCGACUAUCCUCUGUCGACCCGGCUCAUUCUUAGCCAAGCUCGUCAACAGCAGCAGCAGCAGCAGCAGCAGCCAUCCAAGCAAGAAUGCAGCUACGAGGCGGAUAAAAACAAUGCAGCUACGAAGCAGUCCCUGCAACACGUCAGGGAGCAAAUGGCCGCCGCUCUCGAGCGCAUGAGGCAGCUCGAGGAGCAGGUCAAGCAAGUGCCCCAGCUGAACGCGCAGAUCGACUUGCUGCGGGAGGAGCGAAGCUUGCUGCUCGAUCAGCUGGCCUGCCUCAAGAGGGCCGAGGCCAGAAGCGCGACCAACAGAAGGGACGCGGCCACCGGCUGCGCCGUAGCCACCAGAGACGUAGCCGUUGACGCUACCCGACAGGUCGAAAGCCGAGACAACUGGACGAGUCCCCAGCCCGUAUGGUUGACGAGCUCGACCACGCAGACGACCAAUCUAUCCGUCUCGAAAUCGACUCAGAGCGAGGCCAGUUCGAGCGCCGGUCCGACAACGUGUGCGAGCGUCGGAACGCAGCAUCGAAAUGCCCGAGGCAGGCUCGAAAGUGAAAAAAGCCAAUGCCACGAUCGAAGCACUCAAAGCCGUCGGCUCGAGACCGUCGACAAAGCGACGGCUAAUCCGAAGAUCCCCGACAAGGAGCUUGGCGAGGUCAUGUUCCGGGGCAUGCACGCCAAAAGAAACAACAAGGAGGUCCAGGCGACCGAAAGCCCAUCCUGGAGGAAAAUUAAACUUAAUCGAGGAGUGAGCGCCAAGCCGGACUCGAACAGCGUCUCGACGGAGACGUGCGACGCGAGUCUGAGCCUCGUGCAGCUGCGCCGUCAGGAGCUCAUCUCGGCGUCGAGCAGCAGUCUAGGGGAAAAAGAUGGAGCGCCAACGAGCCACAAGAGCGUCGCAACGAGCAUAGGACCGAACGAGUUGCGAAGCCGUCAGGUGACGCGCUCAACCGAGACCCCGGCAAAGAGACAUCGAGACGCGGCCACGUCACCGUCCCAAAGUGUCAAGCUCAUCGACGCCUCGGUCGGCACGACUAGCAGUGCCAGCAGUACCAACUACUGCGACGAGUGCAAGCAGGCCAGCCAAAGUCGCAUGAAUCGACCGGUUCCAGCCAACGAUCUUGACAAAUCAUUAGCCAGCAUGACGAGGCAGCAGCAGCAACAACAACAACAACAACAACAAAAACAACAGCGAACAAGAAUCGCCGUAGCCAAAAGUCGAGUGGGUCUACAUCAGGUAGUAAGCAAGCAACGAGCAGCCAGCGCCGAGAGAGCAAAGAAACAGCCGCAACACCCAGCACCGUUGCAGAGAACCAAGUCGGACGCGAGGCCACGAACGAGAAUACCGGUGCCCAACGAUCCGAGAAGCAAGAGCAACCUCAUAAGACAGAACACUUGGACCCAGAGCCUUGAUAAGCUCGAGGGGUCGGAUUUGCUGGAUAGGCACUACGCGGAUAGACAUACGUCGUCGCGUCCGCAAACGCCAGCCAAGCCAAAGUCGCUUCAACAGUCACCGGCUCGCAAAGUUACCGCAACACCGCCGACUCAACAAGUAUUAAGCAGACCGAGCAAAGCACCCCCACCGGCCCCGGAGCCUAAAUCGCAGCCACCCCUGACGCAAUCAUCGACGGCGCAAGCAGCGGAAGCAGCAGCAGCAGCAGCAUCUCGAAGCGUCGAAAAUGAAGAGAUCGAGGAGAUGCCAAUUAGCCAACUGAGCGAGGAAAUGGUUCGAAGCGUCGCCCUCGACUCGACACCCGACAGGACGAUCGGCGGACCCUGCCUUUCCCGCGAGAUUACGGCAGCGCUCGAUCUCCUGGACAAGGAGGGCCUGAACAAGCAGACCUCCGCCUGCUCGAACGCGGCCAACGUCGUGCAGCACGAGUGGUUCAAAGCGACGAGCGUCGCCGGGGCCGAGGCCAGAUUGGUCGAGCGCUGGCUCGACAGGCUCGAGCAUCACGACUCGCUGCUUGGUCACGUGGUCAACCUGCGCGACUCGAGCGGCAACACGGCCUUGCACUACGCCGUCUCGCACGGCAACUUCGACGUCGUCUCGGUGCUGCUUGACUCGAAGGUCUGCGACGUCGAUCGGGCCAAUGGGGCUGGCUACACGCCCGCCAUGCUAGCUGCCCUUGCCCGGCUAAGGAGUCCCGCUCACGCCGCGGUCGUCGAGCGCCUUUUCCGCAUGGCCGAUGUCAACGUACGCGCCAGAUUGCACGGACAGACGGCCCUGAUGCUCGCUGUCUCGCACGGGCGAAAGGACACGACAGCCCUACUACUGUCGGCGGGAGCAGCAGUCAACCUCCAGGACGAGGACGGCAGCACGGCUCUCAUGUGCGCAGCCGAGCACGGACACGCCGAGAUAGUCCGACUACUGUUGACGCAGCCCGACUGCGACGCCAGUGUCACCGAUGUCGAUGGCAGUUCGGCUCUGCGCAUAGCCCUCGAGGCUGGACACGCCGACGUCGGUGUAUUGCUCUACGCGCACCAGCGCCAAAAAGCCCAACUGUUAGCGGGCGUUGGGGGCGGCUCCCAGUCCUCGCUCAUACAGGCUGCUCGGGGAAUUCGACCGAUCUCGGCUUCGGCACCCAACAGUCCCGUGCCGCGACGACUCAGAUCGGCUAGUUUGACCGAGACACCAGCCGCAGUUGUCCAGACGCCCCAGGCCAAGCUGUCGAGUUCACUUAUAUGACGAACGAGCAAAAAUGGUCCAUUCAAGUGGUUGCGACAUUUCCGACGUAAUUGAUUCUAGCGGGUCUGAACGAGAGAAUGAGAGAAACAGAGAGACCUUAUUUAUAUAUAAAAUAUAUGUAUUGUUGUCUCGCGAACGACACUUCCGUAUCUUUUAUAUUGUUGUACAUUAAAAGAAGUAAUUGUUACUAAUAUAUGUAUAAAUGAAUUGUAUUGCAAGUACAAUAUACAUUAUGUAUAUACUUACAUAUAAACAAAUGCGAUUGUAUUUGUAGAUAAUUUUACUAAGACAAGUGAAGCCCGCGGAUUUUAUAAGUGCUCAUUGUACAUGUAUGACAUAUAACGCGCUCAAGAACUAGGUGUAGAUCGUUUCAACGAAUUCAGUUUGGUGAUCAAACUUUGAUCCUUCACUCGAUUCAUCGUAUACUGCUCCUUAUACGAAAUGUUAAAUCAUUUUUGGAUUCCCGUGGCUGCAAUGACUUGUACUAUCAUUAAUGCGUAAAUGAUAAGAGAAACAAAAGUGUGCAAAGGAAAAGAAGAUCGAAAAAUUUUCAUUUGCUUUUUAUUUUUUUUAAAUGUAAAUUCUAUUUUGCUUGUAGCAAGUUUACCUAGUUACGCGAAAGCUUAGAGUAGAAUAUCUCGAGAUAAAACAAUGCAUAUUUAUGCCUUUUUAUUCUGGCGAACUUGAGCUCGUCGGUUUACAGAGCUUAUACUUUAUCCGUUACUAUUUCCUAUAAAAAUAUUUUUCUGCUGUACGUUUUUUUUGUGUAAAUAAUCAUGUUUCGCGUAAAAAAGUCAGUAUCAAUUUUUAUGGUACUUGGUUGAUAUAAAACAUAUGAUCACCGGUAAAACGUUAGAUUUACAGUAACGCGCCAAACAUGCUCUUUGGUUGUAAUCAAGUGUACAACAAAAACUGAUUAGAUUAAUAAUUGUAGCGUAGUUUCUAUUCAUGCAUUGUAUCACGUAAUAGUACAUUACGUAACUGAGGCGGGAGGUUGUCUAUCUUGCAAGACUGUCAGUUUGCAGCCCGAGCGUAGCUAGGGUUGCAUUGACACGAGUGCAAAAUUGACCACCACCUCAGUUACGUAUAGUAUUUUUCAUCAUCGAGUGCAGGAAGUUAAUUUUAAGAUUUUCCCGCACGCCACUCCGUGCGUAAUGUACUUAUCUAUAUUGUAACGCAUAUUACAUAUGUAGUUGCUGCUGGGUCUUAUUUUCCUAAGUGUUUCGUUCACUCCAGACGCGGGUUGGAUACUUCGUGUCUAAAAAGUAAGAAAAACAUAAUACUGUGCCCAAAAAUUAAUAAUCAACACUUGCUGCAACUCAACAAACUGAAACCUUUCAAGGAUUUUUUUGCAAAUCGAUUUCGGUUAUUUGAGUUGCCCCACUUGUUAAUGAUUAACUUUUGAACCAAGCGUGUUAUUUUUCUCACUUUUUAGCCCCGAUAAUCUAAAACAGCGUCCGGAGUGAAGAUAAGAAAUUUUGAGAAGGAAGAACCAGUGUAGUAUGUAGGGUAAAUGAGCUGGUUACUGAUCACCUUUCAGUUAAUGACCAACAAAUUAUAUCAACAUAUUUAUUGCAAACUUUUAAACGUAUGAAAAUUAUUCAAGACCCUUAAAUACUUAUUGAUAACACCGUGGACAUAUAAUAAAAAAUAGGAUACCAAUUUCUCGAUCAGAUGACCGCGUCGAUCACUAGACUUUCUGGAAGCAUGAGGUUUAUAUGAAAGGGCCCACAUCAUCUCAAAUGACAACUCGAACUGCGCCAAUUCGCUCGUGGACAACUCAAAUAUGCGACAUCUCGACCGGUUACAGCUUGACCCUGCGACAAGUCGUCACCAAAAAAAACCAAAAAUAAAGUGGAUGUAAAAACAAAUUUAUUAAUAAUAGAAUGUGUAAAGAAAGAUUAGCAACAUAGUAAUGUUACUCAAAACACGAUAUAUAAUAUAAUUGUCAUCAGUACAAUGUUACCUGAAACACGAUAUAAUUAAAAACGAACACACUUACCGAUACACAAAUAAUACCGAUCGCAAAAAAAUAUUAAAUUUUAUCGAGGUCGAGCUGUCAGGGUCAAAAUGUCGCGCCGAGCUAUCAGAAGUCUACCUGACGCGCUGCCACCUUUCACCUUUUGUCGUCAGAAAGUAUUUUCAAAAUAAUUUUUAAUUACCAUACGCAAGAGCUAUGGUUAACAAAAUUACACUUUUUUUUAAAUAGUCGAUUUUAGCACAUUUACCCUGAAAAUUUCAUAAGGAUAUAAUUGUUACAUUUUUCCAACUGCAAUUGUUGCAUUUUAUAUACAUCAACGAAUGUUUAUAUUGUUGUACAUGAUAGAUUAUGUAUGAAAAAUUGAAUACGUCUUGAGCUAUUUGAUUGAGUUCAUUCGUCAAAGAUUCACUGUUUACAAUGUAAAAACUCGAAGGAUAAGAAAUUUAAAUACAUAUAAAAAAACUACAUGCUGAAUCUGUUAAAAUUAAUUUUACCAUGAAGUAUCAUUUUGAAGUCAGAAUUGAAAUUCUGAUAUUUCAAUGUACCGUCACUUUUAAUUAACUUGCUCUAUUAUAAUGUUGCUCUAUUAUAUUAUAAUUAAGAUUAUAUAAUUAAGACUGGGGUCCGGGGACAAAACGCC